UCGCGAGACAGAAAUGAAGCCACUUCCGGCUUCCUCUUUCUCCCGAACAGCAAGCCGAAGCUGUUAGAAUGGCAAAGCAUAUUUGGCUGUGCUUGCUAUUCACUAUAUUAUGCAGUACGGUGGAGUCUGUAUUUGAGGAUCAAGUAGGAAAAUUUGACUGGAGGCAGCAAUAUGUAGGCAAGGUUCGAUUUUCUCAUUUUGAUAACCAUAUGCAGUCAUCUAGAAAGGUGCUUCUGGCAACAGAGAAGAAUGUUUUUGCCGCACUGAACAUUAGGACUGGAGAGCUCCUUUGGCGACAUGUGGACAAUAUAGGACCAGAGGGAAAUAUUGAUGCUUUUCUGCAACAUGGACAAGAUGCUGUGCUAGUGGUCGGUAAUGGCCGUCUGCUCCGCUCCUGGGAGACAAAUGUUGGUGGUAUGAACUGGGAGGUUGUGCUUGACUCUGGCAGUUUUCAGUCAGCAUGUUUAGUUGGACAGCAAGACACAGUAAAGUAUGUUGCUGUUUUGAAGAAAACUGCAGUUUCUCUACAUUACCUCUCGAAUGGUCAUCAGAAGUGGAUAGAGAAUCUUCCAGAAAGCGAUACUGUGGACUACCAGACUGUGUAUUCCGGGGGAAAUGGUGAAGUCUAUGCAUUGGGAGUUGUUCCACAUUCCCACAUUACUGUUGUUGCUUAUAGUGUGGAGGAUGGAGAGAUAAUCAAACAGAUAACAGUUGAGGCUCCAUGGCUUAACAACAUACCGGCCAACUGUGCAGUGAUCGGCAAGGGGAUGUUGACAUGCGUGGACUCUGUGACUAUGUCUUUGUACAUGUAUGACCUGCAUGUCCAGUCACGGAUGACCCAGAUUCUCCUUCAGUCACUGGGACUGGAAGUCUCUGCCAAUUUCCAGCCAGUACUGGUAGCUACACAGCCCAAUCCUGCUCGGACACCGCUGUCAGAGUUCUUGCUUCAGCUUGGACCUGACCACUACCAGCUUCUCCAGCUCAACAAUGGUCAGAUUGUUACACUGAGAGAUAUCAAGCCUGCAAUGCUGGUUUCUUUUGCAACUGCUGGAGAGAAGACUGUUGCUGCUGUUAUGUCACCCAAGAAUAAAACCGCUUGCAGUCUUAACCUAUUCAGUGCAGAAACUGGGCGCAGACUUCUAGACACAACACUUAUCUAUAAUAUGGAUCCUAACGGUGGGAAACCCGACAAGUUGUAUGUUCAGGCAUUCCUCAAGAAAGAUGACUCGGUUGGCUACAGGGUCUUAGUGCAAACAGAAGACCACACGCUGACUUUUGUACAACAGCCAGGGCGUGUAAUGUGGACAAGAGAGGAGGCCCUGUCAGAUGUGGUGACAAUGGAAAUGGUGGAUCUGCCCCUCACGGGAACACAGGCAGAGCUGGAGGGAGAGUUUGGCAAAAAAGCUGAUGGCCUGAUGUCCAUGGUGCUGAAGCGGCUGUCCUCUCAGCUCAUUUUGCUGCAGGCCUGGGUUUCCCAUCUCUGGAAGCUGUUCUACGAUGCACGUAAACCACGGAGUCAAGUUAAAAACGAUGUGACCAUUGAGAAUCUUUCUAGAGAUGAGUUCAACUUGCAGAAAAUGAUGGUUAUGGUUACAGCAUCUGGAAAGCUCUUUGGAAUUGACAGCAAAACGGGCAGUAUUUUAUGGAGGUACUACUUGGACAACAUCCCAUCUAAUGCAGCUUUCAAACUUAUGGUACAACGGACCACUGCACACUUUCCUCAUCCCCCACAGUGCACACUGCUCAUCAAAGACAAGGACUCGGGCCUAGCAACACUUCAUGUUUUUAAUCCCAUCUUUGGAAAGAAGAGUCACCUCACCCCACCUGCUCUGCCUCAGCCAAUACUUCAGUCCCUCGUGCUGCCACUCAUGGACCAGGAUUAUGCUAAAGUCUUGCUUCUUGUUGAUGACCAGUACAAGGUGUCUGCAUUUCCUUCUACAAAGAAUGUGCUGCAGCAGCUCCAGGAGGUAGCCACAUCCAUUUUCUUUUACCUUGUUGACUCCAGCCAGGGUCGACUUUCUGGCUACAGACUACGAACGGACUUGUCAACUGAGCUGAUCUGGGAAGUUGUAAUCCCACCUGAAGUACAGAGGAUCGUCUCUGUCAAAGGGAAAAGGCCCAAUGAGCAUGUGCACUCCCAGGGAAGAGUAAUGGGAGACCGUAGUGUCCUCUAUAAGUACCUGAACCCCAAUCUACUAGCACUUGUGACGGAGAGCACAGACUUGCAUCAGGAGCGGAGUUUUAUUGGGGUCCUCUUAAUUGAUGGUGUUACUGGUCGCAUUAUCCACGAGGCUGUUCAGAGAAAGGCUAAAGGACCAGUGCAUGUUGUCCACUCUGAAAAUUGGGUGGUGUAUGAGUACUGGAGCACCAAAUCUCGCAGGAAUGAGUUCUCUGUGAUCGAGCUGUAUGAAGGAAUGGAGCUGUACAACAGCACCGUGUUCAGCUCGUUGGACCGGCCGCAUGCCCCGCAGGUGCUUCAGCAGUCUUACAUAUUCCCUUCCUCUAUUUCUACCAUGGAGGCCACCCUGACUGAGAAAGGCAUCACUAGCCGUCAUCUGCUUAUUGGUUUACCAUCUGGAGGGAUUUUAUCCUUACCUAAGAUGUUCCUUGAUCCUCGUAGACCAGAAAUAGUGUCUGAGCAAAGCCGCGAAGAGAAUCUGAUUCCGUACUCACCAGAGUUGUUGAUCCGUACUGAGUGGUUCAUCAACUACAAUCAGUCCGUAUCGAGAGUGCGAGGAAUUUACACUGCCCCCUCUGGACUUGAGUCGACCUGUCUGGUGGUGGCGUAUGGUCUUGACAUCUACCAGACACACGUGUAUCCCUCCAAGCAAUUUGACGUGCUAAAAGACGAUUAUGACUACAUGCUAAUCAGCAGCGUACUCUUUGCUCUUUUCUUUGCCACUAUGAUUAGCAAACGUCUGGCAGAAGUCAAAUUGCUCAACAGGGCCUGGCGGUAGAUCCAUCGUCUAAAUCCCAUCUCUGACAGCCCAGAGGCUGCACAAAGGACCUCAGCCCUAGAAGAUGAGACGGUGUCUGUAGAAGAACACAGGUCAAAUGGCCCAAAAGUGACUGCAGUGGGUGAGGGUUCAGUGGGGUAGGGGUGAAGAGGAAGCAGUGAAGGUUUUGUUUAAUUUCUAACUUAUUUUGCAAAGACAGGGAAUUGCUAAUAGUAGAAUAAUUGUUUUUGUGCCACAUCAUUCUCAUUAAAUGUUUAUCAAAUAACUAAUUAAAAAUAAAUGAAACAGAUUUGGAUUUAUUAAAAUUGUAAAUUGUAAAAUUGUUAGGUAAUAAGAAUUAUGUUAGAUUUUCCCAGGGCAGGUACUUGUGACAUUUCUGCUACACUGGACUCUUCUUAUGGAGAGAGAGAAAGAGAGAAUUCAGGGGUGUCUAAGCAAAAUGAAAGAAGACAUGCAAUGCAUGUGAGCAUGAUUUUGUACAGUACAGUAGUUUGUAAGUUUGACCUGCAGAAUCACCAUGACAUCCCCAUGACAUCACUGUUUGAUGCAAAUGAAAUGUGAAUAUGAAGAGGUAAAGUGAAGAAGACUAGACCCACACAAAUGACUGGUGGCAGCCUCCAUUUUGUUCCCAUCUGUCUUAACACAGCUAAUGUCAGAGCAGUUUUAAGUCACUGUCCACUACUGUUGAUGCCCCAUUAAAAUCUGUGACCGAACUCCA